AUGGCAGUUGAUAGAUCACACAGAUUCGCCCGUAAGACUGGUAGAAAGACCCUCGUCAGCAAGAACCCAUACCUUUCUCUCUUGGUCAAGUUAUACAAAUUCCUUGCCCGUAGAACUGGUUCAAAGUUCAACAAGAUCGUCUUGAGAAGACUCAUCCAAACCAGAUCCAACAAGAUCGCUGUUUCUAUCUCCAGAAUCGCCAAUGCCAUGAAGGACAGAAAGGCCGGUAAGAUCGCCGUUGUUGUUGGUUCAGUUGUCAACGACGAGAGACUUUUGGAUGUCCCAGCCUUGACCGUUGUCGCCCUCAAGUUCUCAGAGUCUGUCCGUGCCCGUAUUGUUAAGGCCGGUGGUAAGGCUUUGACUUUUGAUCAAUUCGCCCUCAUCAGACCACGUGGUAACAACACUUUCCUCCUCAAGGGUGUUGUCAAGGCCAGAACUGUCUACAAACACUUCGGUCGUGCUCCAGGUCUCCCAGGAAGCACUGCUCGUCCAUACGUCAGAGCACAAGGAAGAAAGUUCGAACAAGCCCGUACCUUUGCCAAUACCAAAUAA